AGGGGCGUGCCCGUGCGGCCAUGGACGGGGAUGGCGCGUACGAGCCGGGCUUCGUGGGGAUCCGGUUCUGUCAGGAAUGUAACAACAUGCUGUACCCCAAGGAGGACAAGGAGAACCGGAUCCUGCUCUACGCUUGCAGGAACUGUGACUACCAGCAGGAGGCUGACAACAGCUGCAUCUACGUCAACAAGAUCACACACGAAGUGGACGAGCUGACCCAGAUCAUCGCGGACGUGUCCCAGGACCCGACCCUGCCCCGCACCGAGGAUCACCCGUGCCAGAAGUGUGGCCAUAAGGAAGCCGUGUUCUUCCAGUCCCACAGCGCCCGCGCCGAGGAUGCGAUGAGACUUUACUACGUGUGCACGGCCCCGCACUGCGGCCACCGCUGGACAGAGUGACCCCAAAACCGACCCAAAACCGACCCCAAAACCGACCCAAAACCGACCCCAAAACCGACCUAAA